AUGUUUGCCCACCGCACCGAUAACAGUAGUGGCCCUUGGCUGCUCCCUACCUUCUGGCUCCUGCUGCAGAACAAGAGCUACCCCGAAACCUCCAUCCCCGCUGCUGGCUACGAGGUGACGGAGUCAUCCCUAGGACCCAGCUCAGCCGGGAACCACACCGUCUUGCAGCAUGAGCUCAGGCCGGGCGAAAUCGCAGCAGCCGGCACGGUUUUGGGAGCGUUGUGGCUGGUUUCCGUCUUGGGAAACUCCCUCGUUUGCUUAGUGAUCCACAGGAGCAGGAGGACACAAUCCACCACCAACUAUUUUGUUGUCUCCAUGGCUUGCGCAGACCUUCUCCUCAGCGUCGCAAGCGUGCCAUUCGCGCUGCUCCAGUUGACCUUCGGCAGGUGGACGCUGGGGAACAUGAUGUGCAAGCUGGUCAGGUACGUACAGUACCUCACCCCUGGCGUCCAGAUAUUCGUGCUCCUCUCCAUAUGCGUGGAUCGAUUCUACACUAUCGUCUACCCCCUGAGCUUCAAAGUGUCGAGGGAGAAAGCCAAGAAAAUGAUUCUGGCCUCUUGGCUAUUGAACGCUCUCUUGGCAGCACCAGUUUUCUUCUUCUACAGCUCCAACAGCGACGACCACUGCAACUUCUUUCUCCCCAGUUCUUGGCAAGGAGCCCUCUACGGUAUCAUCCACCUCUUGGGGGUGUUUCUGAUCCCGUCCAUCCUCAUGAUCCUCCUCUACCAGAAGGUCGUCAGGUACAUUUGGAGAAUAGGCACCGACGGCAGGACUGUCAGGAGGACAAUGAAUGUUGUCCCAAGAACAAAGGUGAAAACCAUCAAGAUGUUCUUAAUGUUAAACUUGGUCUUUCUCCUCUCCUGGCUCCCUUUUUACGUGGUACAGCUGUGGUACCCGCCAGAAACAGACUACAGAACGAGCUCCUUGGUUUUCCUGGCCAUCACCUGGAUCUCUUUCAGUUCUUCAGCCUCUAAGCCAACCCUCUACUCCGUGUACAACGCAAACUUCAGAAGAGGGAUGAAAGAGACUUUUUGUAUGUCCGCCAUGAAAUGCUACAGAAGCAACGCGUACACCAUCACCACCAGUUCCAGGCUGGCCAAAAAAAAUCACGUUGGGAUUGCAGAUACCCCAGCUCCGGCCAAAACCGUCACCAAAGACUCCAUCUAUGAUGCAUUUAACAGAGAAGCAAAGGAAAAAAAGCUUGCCUGGCCUAUUCAGUCCAAUCCCCCAAAUACGUUUGUCUAG